UGAAGAGCUACCGAGCAGGGGCGCAGUACUCCGGGGCAUAUGAGGGUGCAGAAGGUAGAGAGCGGAGUCAUUCUUGGCAAGUAGAGAGGAACAGCACCGUCGUCAUUCCUACUGCGUGAGAGGAUAUAUCUUUGCAAAACGGCCUUUGCCUUCCCCGCAUUUUUCCCACUUCGCUUCUGUCCACACCAUUCUCCCCAUUGCGACUAUAGACCUGCGAGGAGGCCUUUUCAAGCAGGCAAGGACGGACUUAGUAGUCUUUGGUAUAGGAUCACUACGUAACCUUUAGGAUCUCCCACACAUAGAGAGACUGCGCCCAACUACUCUUGUGCUCUUGCUCAGCUUUGCGUCACAGGAUUCUCUUACAUCAGAAACGCCUUUGCUACGAUGGCCGAAAAUAUCAACGAGAAGAAUUUUGCUACGGCAGAGCAGAACGACCAUCCUACCAUUGCCACAGAUGGCACAUCUCCUGAUGCGGAAUCUUCCGCCUCAUCUGCCACGAGGCAUGAGCAGGCCAAGAAGGAGCACCAAAAGGAAGGCGUCACCAAUGUUCAGGCCGAAGAGGGCGACGCCGACGUUCACGAAACCAAGCUUCCCCACCCAGACCACGAAGGUCGAGUAGAGCUCAGCGAAGAUGCUGGAUGGAAUUCCACUGCUUACGCUUGGUCGACGGGCAAGAAGUGGUGGGUCCUCUCCGUCAUCUUCCUCGUCCAAGUGUCCAUGAACUUCAACACCUCCGUCUGGCCCAACGCCCUUGACUCUGUUGAGACAAUCUUCGGUGUCAGUCAGCAGGGAGCGCGAACAACACAGAUGAUCUUCCUCGUCUUCUACGCGUUCGGAUGUGAGCUCUGGGCUCCUUUCUCCGAGGAGUUUGGAAGGAGGCCGAUUCUGCAGCUCUCUCUCUUCCUCGUCAAUGUCUGGCAGAUCCUCGGUGCCUUUGCGCCCAACUUUGGAUCUCUUCUCGUGGCUCGAGCACUCGGUGGCGUCUGCACCGCUGGUGGUUCCGUUACACUGGGAAUGGUUGCUGACCUCUAUGACGUUGACAAUCAGCAAUACGCCGUUGCCUUCAUCGUACUAUCUUCGGUCGGCGGAACAUCCAUCGGCCCUGUCAUUGGCGGCUACCUCGAACAGUACGCUCCAUACCGAUGGAUCUUCUGGACGCAAUUGAUCUUCGGAGGUGCAGUUCAGAUCAUUCACUUCUUCACAGUCCCCGAGACCCGAGCCACCUGCAUGCUCGACAAGGAGGCCAAGAGGAGGAGGAAAGCCGGAGAAACUCACAUCUACGGUCCCAACGAGCUCAAGGAGAAUCGCUUUACCCUCUCAGAAUUCGGAUCGUACGUCAUCCGACCCUUUGAGAUGUUCGUUCGAGAGCCAAUCGUCUUGUCCAUGUCUCUUCUGUCUGGUUUCUCCGAUGCGCUCAUCUUCACCUUCCUCGAGGCCUUCACACCCGUCUUUGAGCAGUGGGGCUUCAGUCCAGGUCAACUCGGUCUCGCCUACAUCCCCAUCAAUUUGGGCUAUCUCAUUGGAUUCCUCCUCUUCCUGCCAGUCUGCCAUAGGCAGCGGGUCAUCCGACGCACAAAGGGCAACGACGCGCUGCUCCCAGAGGCUCGCCUUUGGCUCUUGCUCUUCUUGGCACCCUUAGAGCCCAUUGGUCUCUUUGGUUUCGCCUGGACUUCUUUGGGACCUCCUCAGGUGCACUGGAUUGCCCCGAUGAUCUUCGCCUGCCUGAUCGCCAUUGCCAAUUACGCCAUUUACAUGGCCACGAUUGACUACAUGAUCGCCGCCUACGGACCAUACAGUGCCUCAGCCACGGGAGGUAAUGGUCUUGCUAGGGACUUCCUGGCAGGAAUCAGCGCCAUGUACGCCGGACCCCUCUACACAAACCUGCCCAAAUACCCGCUAGAAUACGCCUCGACGAUUCUGGCCUGUAUCGGUGUCUUGGUGAUGAUCCCAGUGUACGUUCUGUACAUCAAGGGCCCAAUCGUGAGGAAGAAGUCCAAGUUCGCUCAGACUCUGGCUGCUGGCAGAAAAGAGCGUCACAGCCGUCGUGAAAAGCCUGAGCGUAACCUUGAGAACGAUCAUGCCGAGAUGCCUCACAAGCUCGAGGCCGCGCCCUCUGGCGGCUUCGAGGAGGAAGAGACUGGUGUUCGCAACCCCUACACCAUCAAGUUGUAGUGACUCGGUCCUGUUUCUUCAGCACAUCUAGUGACGACCUCUCUUUUGUACACAGUACCUUUUUUGUUUCACAGGUCCAGCGCCUGUCUCGUUGCUCGACUGUCAAUACCAGAUCAAAACAGCAUUUGAGAAGCUCGUUGUCC